AUGGAUGAAACCACAUUCUACGCAAAGCUUGGUAAAGCGGAAGUGUCAUUAAAAGAAAGACAUUUCAUUGAAUGUGAAAAAUUUUUAUCUGAACUGAUUGAAUCAGAUUUUCAUCCCGAACAAGCUAAAUUCAAAGUCCUAUUGUUACAUGAACGUGUAAUAGUGAAUUAUAAAUUACAACAUUUUGAUUUGGUGAUUCAAGAUGCUGUAAAACUUCGUGAAAUGGGUUCGGCAAUCAAUUGGGAUGAUGAAAUAUUUUUCAUGGAGCAACAAGCUAUCGCGAAUGUUGCAAUCGAUCAAGUGGUGAAACAGUUAGAAGAAACAAAAUCGAAUACUUUAUUUAUUGAAUCAAUUAUACAAAUUCUUUAUGCAAUAAACCCAAAAAAGAUUUUCAACAGUUUUAGAGCAACCGAUGGUGUUGUACAAUAUGCUAGACAAACCAAAGGCUUAUGGAAAGUUAUGAAUAAAAUGUAG